CACCGCCCAUAAACACGCAGUCUUGCCGAAGCCUUGGAUCUAAAUUCUCAAUUCUCAAUUCUCAAUCUAUAACCCUAAACUCCCCAUCAUUCCCUCUUACUUUCUUUUUCUCUCCAUCGAUCAUCCUUCAACACAGGAACUAUGUGCUUCUGAAAGCCACAGUCAAUUCAAUUCAAUUCUUCUUCUGCUUCGCGCUUUCACAAACAGUUGAGGGUUCAACAAGAUCAUCAUCAACAGACCAGCAAACACUACAGCAGAGAAUCACAAGACAAUCUGGUCUGAUAUCACAUGAUUUCUUAUCCUUUAUUCAUUUCCUUUCUAUCUUGAAACUUGCCAACUCCAAAUUCUACUUCUUCUUUAUAUAUUCAUUGCAAAUUAAGCAAACUAGCUACUAUCACUAUCUAUAUUCCCACUAUCUUUCUAGCUAUAUCAACUAUAGAUAGAAAUAUACAAAACAAUGGAUCCAUUAUCAGCACACGGCCACUCUCUUCCUCCUCCUUUUCUCCAUCUGCACCACCAACACCAACACCAGCAGCAGCAUCAGCAGCAUCAGUUCCACUCUUUACAGCAGCAGCAAACCCCAGCAGAAGAUGAACAGAGUGGAAGCAGCGGCGGCAUCAAAAGGGAACGCGAUGAAAACAACAACAGCCAUGACGGCAAAGAAGGCUCCGGAGGCGGAGGCGAAAGCGAGAAUUCAAGAAGACCUCGAGGAAGGCCCGCCGGAUCGAAGAACAAGCCUAAGCCGCCCAUCAUCAUCACCCGCGACAGCGCCAACGCACUUAAGACCCACGUCAUGGAGGUCGCCGACGGCUGCGACAUCGUCGACAGCGUCUCCAACUUUGCAAGACGCCGCCAGCGCGGCGUCUGCAUCAUGAGCGGCACUGGAACCGUCACCAACGUCACUCUCAGGCAGCCAGCUUCUUCCGGCGCUGUUGUCACCCUCCACGGAAGGUUUGAGAUUCUCUCCCUGGCAGGAUCGUUCCUGCCGCCGCCUGCUCCACCGGCAGCAUCAGGUUUGACCAUUUACUUGGCUGGUGGACAAGGGCAGGUUGUUGGAGGAAGUGUUGUGGGAGCUCUCAUUGCUUCGGGACCUGUGGUUAUCAUGGCAGCUUCGUUCAGCAACGCUGCGUAUGAGAGGCUUCCUUUGGAAGAUGAGGACCCUUCAUUGGCAAUGCAAGGAGGUUCAAUGGGUUCACCACCCGGUGGUAGUGGUGGUGGUGGUGGAGUUGGUCAGCAACAGCAGCAACAGCUUUUAGGGGAUGCAACUGCCCCACUUUUUCAUGGUUUGCCUCCGAAUCUUCUCAAUUCUGUUCAGAUGCCAAACUCCGAUAACUUCUGGCCAUCUGGCCGCUCUCCUUACUGAUGAUGAUGAUGAUAUCAAAGUAUGUUCCACCACGCAAGCUGCAGGCUGGCUUCUCUGCUAGCUUCCUUUCUCUAUCCUUUUUGGGUACUCCAACCGCGUUCUGGCCAUUUGCAAGUUUGGAUCAUCUUUUUUUUCUCAGAAUCAAUUCUGGUACUAAUGAGCUAGCUACUAUACUACAAAAGGUAGGUUACUAUCAGAAUUGAUUUUGGCUUUAGAAUUUUUCCAAACAUGCAAUAGUGAUGAAUGUCCAAUUCGCGAUUGAGGUUCUAUUCUAUUCGCUUCUCUUUAGAAUUUGUGUGUCAUUUUGAUUAUUAGGUGAGUGAGUUGAUAUAUGUUGACUUGUGUUUGAGACUUCUGUAAUUAAAUUGAUGGAUCGAUCCUUGGUGAGUUUUAUUAAUUCUAUGAUAUGCUAGCUACAUUUGGUUCAAAUGGCCUUGGAGGUUGAAGAGUUAUCACUUAUCAGGAAACAAACGCAAAGGAAUAAGAGAAGCUGCAGUUAGUCUAGACUACAUACUUCUUAGUAAUUUACUGCUGCUUGUUGUUGUGCCUUGAAUCCUACAUUUAGUUAAGUGUUUGAAAACUCUCUUUUGUAGUAAAUUUUGAUUGCAUUCAAUCUCUUGUUGUUAGUAUUUUUGUGUUCGUCAUUGUAUGUGCGUCGGUUACCAGGUUUCGGGUAGCAUAUCUUUCUGAAUUGAAGGUAAUGUGCUUUUUGUUGUUU